CCCUCACCCCUGACCUUACAGACAUGGCCGACAAAAAUAAAUACACUGUGCUACUUCCCACGUAUGAGGAACGGAAGAACUUACCACUAAUUGUUUGGCUUUUGGUCAAAUCUUUUACUGAAAGGUUGGUUUAAUAAGUUAUCAACUAAGGUUUAAAUUUAAGGAAGUAAAAGUACUCCUUAAGGAAGGAGGCCUAUGACUUAAUGAAAGAGUUUAGACUAAGACUUAAAUUCAUUAUUAUUUAUUAUUUAGUAUAAGUCAUAAGUAUAGUAAAGUUAUACAGUUAUAGUCAUAGUAUUUAGUAGUAUACUUAUUGGUAAAGUAUAGACUUGUCUCACUUGUGGAGAUGGCUGAUACUAUCAAUGAUCAAAGAAAAUGUCCUAGAUCACUUGAAAGAGUGCAGUUGUCCUUGCAAGUCAAUGAUAAAGUGACAGUGAAAGUCAAUGACUAUGACUAUGACUGAGUAUGAGAGAUGUCAAUUAAAUUGGUUUUAAUAUACAAUAUAAGAUUUUGGCAAUACAACAAGCGGAAUUUCUUCUUCAUACUUCAUAUACUUCUUGCCACAAAAAAAUGCUGAAGAAAAUGUUCAAUUACAUUGAUAUUUACAUCAAUAAAUUGAUUACAAAAGAAAUGUGGUGCUGAGUAGGGAUGAAGCUUGCGCAAUGGUUUUUGCUCUUACUGAAAUUUUUGCCUCAAUUUAGUUCAUAACAUGACCAGACAGUGUAUUGGUGCAUUGUAGCAGAGUAGCUUUGGGCAUUAAAAAAUUGUGCUUCUGCGAAAUUUUUAAUAUUACUUAAGACAUAAAUAUGAAACAUUACUAACCAAAAGGGUUUUUUAUUGUUACGCAGACCUCUUACAUUGAAUUGUUAAAGAGAUUAAACGACAUUUGUUUUUAAAACUUUUAAAGGAGAUUUAAAAACAUGGUAUAUGCACCUGGAUUUUAACCCCCAAAAAAUUUAUUUCAGUGGUUAUGAUUAUGAGAUUAUAAUAAUAGAUGAUGGAAGUCCUGAUGGUACUCUUGAAGCUGCCAAGGAGUUGCAGCGAAUCUAUGGAGAAAAGCGAAUUGUAAGUAUUCCAUUUUAACACUUGAAUAAUAAUGACAGUUUGAGUUAGCGGCAGUUAACAAAAAUAUUCAUUCUUUCUUUCAGUUACCGGUACAGUAAUUUUCAAAUAAAUUAAUGUUAUUUUUGUAACUGAAAUUGUAAAUGAGCAUUUUUCAAAUUUUAGCUUCUGAAUAAAAUUGUCUAUUUCUCAUAUUCAUUCAAUCCUAGAUAAUUUGGAUAUGCUUUUAAAAUUCAAGUGUGUUUUUAUUUAUUUAUUCAUCUAUAUUUUUUACAACCUCCAGCUCCUAAGGCCAAGGGAAAAAAAGCUUGGUCUAGGUUUGUAUUUUUAUCUUUUAAUUAUGUAAAAAAAUAGACCAUAAUUUAUAACUGACCUACUGGUCACCAUUUAAAAAACAUAUAUGACUUUAACUUUUUUGAGCAUGAAUAUAAAAUAUGAGUGAACUAAAAAUAAGUCUUAAUUUUAAGAUGCAUUCAAACUGGCAAGACCUUACCCAAGCAGAUGAUAUAUUUAAUAUGUAAAAUUAUUUAAUAAGUCUACUUUAAGUUAAGAAAAAACAAAUAUUUCUGUCUUAAAGGUACAGCAUAUAUACAUGGAAUAAAACAUGCAACAGGGAAUUUCAUAAUAAUUCUUGAUGCAGAUUUGUCACAUCACGUAAGUUCAUUUUCAGCUGUAAUAUUCCAUGUGUAAUUUAAUGUAAAUUAAUUUUUAAACUGAUUUAUUUUAAGAUAUUUCUUUAACUUUAAGAAAUAAGCUAAUUUAAUUUUAUUAUAAAAAUGUUUUUAUUUCUGUAAAAUUUACACAGCCCAAGUUUAUUCCAGACUUCAUCAAGUAAGUGCACAUUUUUCAUGUAGUAAUCUAUUUUUUCAUUAUAUAGUCUAUAUUAUAGUCUAUAAUAAGUACAAUGUAAGUUUUUCAGGCACAUUAAAUUCUCACAGCUUUUUCCCCCAUUUGGACUAUUAAAGGGACUGCAGGUGUAUUUGUCAAAUAAACUUUAGUUCAUUGCCUAAUUUCUGAAUAUUAUUAGUGCACACUUUUAGUUAGAGAAAGUGAUUUAGCAAUUAUGUAAGCGCAAGGACUGCAUUUUAAAUUUUUUUAAAGAUAAGGUGCUUAAACAAUAAUCUGCACCAAGAUUUUUUUAGAAACUGGUAUUUUGUGGACUUAUCCUUCUCUUGAACCAAAAAAAAACGUAUCAAACAUAUUGGGCAUUACUGUCACACAUCUUCAAUGGAAUACUGUAUCUCUGUGAGAGAUAUUUUACCUGCCUGUCACAUUUACAGGGCUUUCAUUUUACUGUUGACUGUUUGAGAUCUAAUAAAAUAUUCUUAUAAGUUUAUGCAAUAUAUUUUACUAGUUUAUACGGUUUUUAAAAAAAAAUAUUUUGAAUAAGGGGGCCCAACAUUGAACAUGAUCCCCUGGGUAAAAAAAUAUUCAGCUCUGAGAAUUACCACAAGUUUUGUUUCUCUCUCAGACAUAAACAUAACAAGUAGACCUUUUUCUUACAAUCAACUCAGUGAAAACUUUGUCAAAACAAGCUAUUUGAUAAUAAUAAUUAAAUUAACCAAAAUAAAACAAAUUUGUAUUGUUUUAUUAUAUAAUUUAUUUAAAUCAGAAAUGCAUUUUUUUCAGACUAUAUAUAUAAAUUUAUAUAUAUAUAUAUAUAUUUAUAUAUAUAUUUCCAUGAUGAUUUCUUUAGAAUAAAAUUCACAUUUUAAAAAUGCGUUGAUUGUCUCUAUGCAUGUUCAAGCUCAGCAUGAUGUUGGUUAAGGAUGAGGAUGAUGCGAGUUGCAACUAAAGCAUGUUGUUAUUGAACCUAAUAGCAUUACUGAUUCUGCUGGUUGGAAAUCUAAAUGUUAUAUUUUUCAAUGUGUUGAAAUAGAAAGCAGGCAGAGAAGGACUAUGACGUAGUGACAGGUACUCGCUAUGUUGGCACUGGGGGUGUGUAUGGAUGGGAUCUCAAAAGGAAACUCAUCAGGUGUGUUAGCAAUGGUGGUGCGUUGGCAUUGAGUGUGUUUGUGCAAGUGUUGUCCACUGUAUGAUUUUAUGUUUUGGCAGUGAUGUAAGGAUGUAAUUUCAAAAAGAACUUCAUCAGCUGUAUAUAGUUGUAUAUUGUGCUUAAAAUUUAAAACUAUUAGAAUCUAUUGUAAAAAAUGGAAGUAAUGAUUAUUUUUGUCUUAAACUCUACUUUUAAUGAGGUAAAUUAUUUUUGUGGCAGUUUAAAAUGUCAUUCCAUUAUUGACUGCAACAUCAUUGGUAUGUAGCACACCAAGAUGACCCAGUCAAAAUCUCUACCAGAGUAACACAGGCGCUUUCCUUCAGGACUCUCAUAUCAGACCUACAAGACAUUCUACUCAUGCCUCUGUUCUAGGGUAGACUCCUUUAACUUUUGAAUUGGUCCCAGUCUCCAUUAUUCUGUUUAUCCUACAACAGUGCCAUAAGGUUGUAGCCAGAAGUUUAUUAGAUAGUUCCACAUGACAGCAAAGUCCUGAGGUGUUGCCGGAAAGUCAUCAGUUAACUUUGAAUUUUACUGCAACAAUCAGUCAGCUUUACAAAAAAAAAAAACUAUUAUUUUUUCCAUCUCAGUCGAGGUGCUAACUUGGUGACGCAGAUACUUCUUCGGCCAGGUGUAUCAGACCUUACAGGGAGUUUCCGUUUGUACCGCAAAUCUGUGCUUGAAAAGCUUAUAACCAACUGUGUCUCCAAAGGUUACACAUUCCAAAUAGAGAUGAUAAUAAGAGCACGCCAGUUUGGCUUCUCAGUGGCUGAGGUUAGUAUUUGGAGAAAAGCUAAUCUCUGAAUGAAUGUGAAAAUGAUAGAUGUAAUUGGUCAACUGAUAGUCCAAUGAUAGAUUUAAUUGGUCAACUGUGGUCAACUGAUAGUCCAAUGAUAGAUUUAAUUGGUCAACUGAUAAUCCAAUGAUAGAUGUAAUUGGUCAACUGAUAAAUGUAAUUGGUCAACUGAUAGUCCAAGGAUAGAUGUAAUUGAUCAAAUAAUAAUCCAAGAUGAGUUUUAAUAUAGAUUUAUUUUUAUUAAUAUCAUCUGGUCAAUGUUAAAAACAAAUCCAGUUGUUUGUAAUGAUCAAAUUUAUUAAUAAGGCAGUUAUAAUAAUAGUGUAUUGAUCACAUUUGUAGACAGAGUCUAUGGAUUAUAUGGCUUGAUCAAUACCUCUGACAAUGUUGUUUUAUUCACAGGUGCCCAUCACAUUUGUAGACAGAGUCUAUGGAGAGUCCAAGCUUGGAGGCAAUGAAAUUGUUGGUUUCCUGAAAGGAAUUCUCUUUUUGUUUGCUACUACAUAGUUGAAAAAGCUAUGGACAUUUUAAUAUUGUUAAAAUAUAUGGUCUGGGAAUGAUGUCCUGCUGUUUAUGAAAUAGUCUUAAAAAACUUCAUAAUGGGUUUCUCAAGGAAUGAACUUUUAUAGAAUUAAAUAGUUGUUUUAAAGUAAAGAGAGGUUUUAUAACCAGCUGCUGAAUUCUUGAAGUUCAAUGAGUUUUAUUUUAAAGUAAUAUCCCUAAAAACUAAAAAGCAAUCAUGUUUAUUUGUGGUAUUUUUGUGGUUGAAAAAAUAUUUUCUAAAUAAUAAUUGAGCAGUUUCUUUAUUUCAAAAUUAGAUAUUAAAAAAUGAUAUAAACUUAUCCAGUUGUAGUUUAAAUAUUAACUUGGGAGAUGAUUUAUGAUCUUGCCUUUGAAAUAUUUCAAUGUCAUCUGAUCUUGCCUUUGAAAUAUUUCAAUGUCAUCUGAUCUUGCCUUUGAAAUAUUUCAAUGUCAUCUGAUCUUGCCUUUGAAAUAUUUCAAUGUCAUCUGAUCUUGCCUUUGAAAUAUUUCAAUGUCAUCUGAUCUUGCCUUUGAAAUAUUUCAUUGUCAUCUGAUCUUUCCUUUGAAAUAUUUCAAUGUCAUCUGAUCUUGCGGUGUCUCCAAUUGUUAUAACAGUAAACCACUUGCAAAAAAGAUCACGCAAUUGUUUGUUCUAAUUUUAUUUUCCAACUUUCUUUUCGCUACAAGUAUGUAAUUAAAAGUAAACAAACGAAUUGGCCCC